AUGGCGUCUCUCUUCUUUUCUACUCCGGUCGAUAUUGACGUCGUCCUAGACGACCUCGAUGACCGCCAAACGGUUGAUGCCAAGCUCGACAAGGGCCGCCGCGAGCGGGUCCCCCUGUACAUGGACGGGGAAUCCGUCAAGGGCGCGGUGACGAUCAGGCCAAAGGAUGGCAAGCGAUUGGAGCAUACAGGCAUCAAAGUGCAAUUCAUUGGAACAAUCGAGAUGUUCUACGACCGAGGCAACCACUACGAAUUCCUAUCGCUGGUUCAAGAGCUAGCUGCGCCGGGCGAACUACUCCACCCCCAGACCUUCCCUUUCAACUUCAAGAAUGUCGAGAAGCAAUAUGAGUCUUACAACGGUAUCAAUGUCAAACUACGUUACUUUGUGCGCGUGACUGUUUCACGGCGCAUGGCCGACGUCGUCCGCGAGAAAGACCUCUGGGUUUACUCAUACCGCAUGCCACCCGAGACUAACAGCCCGAUUAAGAUGGAUGUCGGAAUUGAGGAUUGUCUUCACAUCGAGUUCGAAUACUCCAAAUCAAAGUACCAUCUCAAGGAUGUGAUUGUUGGACGGAUUUAUUUCUUGCUUGUGCGGCUCAAGAUCAAGCAUAUGGAGCUAUCCAUUAUUCGUCGAGAGACGACCGGAUCACCCCCCAAUCAAUAUAAUGAGAGUGAAACUUUGGUCCGCUUCGAGAUCAUGGAUGGCUCGCCUUCGAGAGGUGAAACCAUUCCUAUCCGUUUAUUCCUUGGCGGAUUCGACCUGACACCGACCUUCCGCGACGUUAACAAGAAGUAUUCGACAAGAUACUACCUCAGCCUGGUGCUGAUUGAUGAAGAUGCCCGCCGUUAUUUCAAGCAGUCCGAGAUCGCUCUCUACCGACAAGCGCCCGAGAUUGCCGCAACGCCACAGAUCGCACAGCAGCAACAAAUUCAACAGCAGGUCCUUCUUCAGCAACAUCAGCAGGCUCUGCCUCCUGGAUCUGCGACCGCUGGCCCGGGACGAGAGAUCUCGAGUAACCAUCAGCCGCGGCUGGAGCAGCAGCAAAAGAGUACACCUCCCGUUGCUGCGCCGGUAGAGUCGGUAGUUUGA